AUGCCAUUCCCAAGCCUAAUGCCACAAAGACUGACCAUGGAAGGUAUGAUCGAAAACUCGAACAUUGUCCUGGACCACGCUGCCACGGUGGACCGCAAUGGAUCAAUGGCUACGCUGUUUCAACGAGCCAAAGGAAUCAUGAUGAUUUCCGUAGUAGAGAGUGCCGUCAUUCUAUCUGGGGCAGCAGGUACUGGUAUUUGCAUGGUCAAGGACGAAGCCACUGGAAAGUGGAGCGCCCCUUGCUCUUGUGGUUUGGCUGCUACCGGAUAUGGGAUCGGGUUCGGAGCACAGGUGAAAAAUAUGAUCAUUUUUGCCUUUGACGAAAAGAGCGUACAUUCCUUUACAAGCAAGACUGGAUUGAAGGUGAAUGCCGGUACUCAAGCGACAUUGGGAACUUAUGGUUGUGGUGCAGGUGCCAAUCUCAAUGUUUCCGCCAGUGGAAUUGGUGCUGAUGGAAGCGUUGCCAACUACAGGACGGGCGGUACCGCAACCAUCUGCUUUACCAAGGGGGCCUUUGCGUGUGCAGCCGUCUCGGGAGCAGUGGUAGGACCCAGAGAUCAUGUCAAUCAUGGAUUCUACGGAAAGAAAGAUUUGACCGCUCAACAAAUUCUCUUUGGCGGAACAGACGUCCACGAGUUGCUACCAAAGGACAAGCAAACAGCUGCCUUGGAAGGCCUUUACGAAAAGCUUGCCUUGUUUUCCAAGGGCCACGUCCACAAGGUCAAUCCUGAAAACUUUGAAGAAACUGCUGGAGACGUACCAGUUGCCAGCAUCAACAUGAUUGAAAACGUAGCCAAUGAGGUUGUCGAACAAUUGGAUGACAGACCACCCCAACCCGCAGCAAUUGAGGUUUCCAGUUAA